UUUGGUAGAUGUAACAUGUAAUGAAUUGUUUAGCUUAAAAAAACUGACAAAGUUAAGUUUAUGGAUUUGUGUUUUUCUUCUGUCUCAGGCUAGGGCAAGUUAUUUUUUGCUUCUUAGUUACAAUCCAGUGUCUUGGGAGCAGUUUAACCUAGAUUAAGAAAUUUAACAGUUAAAUUUUAAUUAUUUUCUAGUUUUUUCUUUGUCCAUACUUGAUUACUUAAGGAUAAAGUUAUUUUACAAACAUGUACGCUGAAAGAAAGGACAUCUGAAAAUCAAAUACAGCAAUUUAACUUUUGUAUCUAUGAAAAAUGGCUCAAGAACCAGGAAUGAAUAAAGAAUGUGAUAGAGAGGAUGAUAUAUUUUUAUAUUCAGAACAUCCCUCUGUUCAAAAGUGUGAGGACAUGUGGACCAAACAGAAAAUUAGAGUGGAAAAUAAGUUAAAACUCAUCACCAGAGAGUUAAAGCAGAAGUUUGGUGAAGAAAAAAAAAACCCCCAAAUUACUGCUCAUCCUAAAGAAGAGUCACUAUAUGGUCCCUUUACAGAAGGAGCAAACUUAACGGAAAUACCUUCUAAUUUGACAAAUGACAGACUUGAUUGUGAGAAAAAAGAUGCAUUUACAGUGCCUGUCUUUGUCACACUUCGGGCAUUACCUGAACAGAAAGAGUCUCGACUCGAAUAUGUCAUUCUUUCUCAUUCAUCCUCGGAUCAUAGUUGCUGGUCAUCUUCUGAUCUUUCCUAAAGUGAAAAUAAAUCAGACUCUGAAAAUGAUAACAAAUCAGACUUUGAGCAUAUUUUUAACAAAAAUGAGAGUUUUGAUGGUGAUAGAGAAAACAAAAAAGUAAGGAACCCAUGGGUUACAUUGGAAGUGAAAGAAGACCAAGAGUUUGACAUGCAGAUGGCAAAAAGUAUAAACCAAACUAGCACUGCUAAUGACAGUACUAAUAACUAUAGAAGUAUGGAUCCCAAAUUAAAAAAUGGGAGUUCUCCAGCAUGUAGUUACAGAACAUCAGAAGCGUAUCUAAAGGAAGAUUUACAGCAAGAUGUGAAAAAGUUUAAGAAUGAGAUAGGCACAUUGCAGAUAGAGUUCCUGUCUUUGGAAUGGAGAAAUAUUGAACUUCAAAAAGAGGUAGAGGUUCACUUUGAGCUGCUCUUUUGUUCUUUUCUUUAUCAAUGAUAG